CAAUUUUCCGAGCAACACUUCAUGUCAGAUUGGCGUGCGUCACACAAAUCACACUUGGUUUCACCUCGCGGUGCAGCUUGGCCCGCGGUGCGGUUUCACUUACCCUGCGGAGCAGUUUGGUCCGCAGGUGUGGCGGGAAUGACUUCAUUUACAUUUGAUUCCGCUGUGAUCUUCAUGAAGGUGCCAGGGCACGAUGCCUCCGAGAUGUCUAUCGCGGUGGACCACAAGAUGAUGGCGCUGGAUGCCAUUCGAUGGGAAGAGACUUGGGGUGAACGGAAGAUCGAACAGGCGGCUCAGGCGCAGCAUUUGGGAAACCGUCUCCUCUCAAUUGAAGGUCGGAAGAUUGCACCCAACGAGAUCUUGCACGAAGUUCUCUCUCAGUCUGCAUCUGGAUGUGUCACAUUGUCGGACUACUCGCAACUGGGCCCUUCUGCCAUGCAGAUUUGCUCCAUUGGCGCGACCGAGUUCCGUGGCAUCACUGUGGUGCAGUUGGAGGCUUUGUUGGACUUCGUGAAGGACAUGGCACCUUAUUGGUACGAGACCUUUGGCCCUGCAGCUGGUCAGGCCCUUGCCUUUGAGACCUUCAACUUGUACCACGCCAAUAACUGGAUCAUUCUGCCUUCCACUCAGGGUAGGGGAGGACGAGAUGCCUGGGUGAGCCCGUGGAUGAUGGAGAUCCAUAAGGGUUGCAGCUACGUGGAACUGGUCUCCCGUGAGGCAGAAGCCCAGCGACCGCAAUGGUUUGUGUCUCAUGCAUGGAAGGAACCCAUUGUGAACUUUGUCGCCUGCCUCCGGAAGCAUUUGACGGUCCGUGAUCUUGGGAGAGAGAGCCCCUACUGGGUCUGUGCCUAUGCCAACAACCAACACCGGGUGGACGAGGAGAUCCCAGAGGAUCCCCGCGAGAGCGCCUUCUUUCGGGCCAUGAAGGUCUCGGACGGAGUGCUCUUGAUCUUGGACACGCAUGCAACGCCAUUCACGCGGAUUUGGUGCUGUUUUGAGGAGAGUGUGGCAGUCGAAGAACGGGACUCCUCUGGGGCCUUGUUGUUGGAUCUGGCCACCGCGUCCGCGGACGCGAAGGACGCCAGCCUUGUGACGGACGGGCUGGCCGGAGUGGAGACCCAGAUGAUGCCCCUGCUCGGGAUGCUGGCGAAGAGUCAGCGAGAAGCCAGCUUCCCAGCUGAGAUCAUGCAACGGGGCUUGGAGGUGGACAUCAAGCAAGCGCAAGCGGCCGUGGCAGAAGAUAAGAACCGCAUCCUGAACAGCAUCGUCUCACGUCACCCGGAUGCCGUCAGUCGGGUGACUGGAAAGGACUUAGCACUCCAGCCCCCGCCAAGCCAUGAAAGCUACGACUUGGUGAAUCGCGCCUUGGCCUCGCACUUCUCGUUGUCAAGCUGGUUCGGCUUCAUGAUGAAGGGACACAACUGCCAGAAUCUCAUGGAAGCCAUCUCAGCGGACCAGGGCCGGCAGAUGGUGCAGUUGUCCAUGACGGGAUGCUUUAGUUUCAAGGACAGCGAUUUGCAAUCACUUGUGCAGUGCUUGCCAGAGAAGCUGCGUGUGCUUCGUUUGGACUUGGCCUUCACAGGUUUGGACUCGCCCUUUGACGGGUCAUUGGAGUUUCCGAGUUCCUUGGAGCAGCUGGUGUUGCGCUUCGCGGGUUCUUUGCAAAGCAUUGAGGGUUUGCCAGCCAUGCUUUUUCCUUUGAAACUGAGCCGCUUGGAACUCUGGCUCUGCAACUUGCCAGCUUUAAGCACCAUUGGCCCCUUGGGAGAUGCGAUCAAGAGAUCUCGUCCAGGAGAGUUGGUACUGCAGCUGAAUGGCUGUCCGCAGCUAUCUUUGGCCAUCAAAGAAGACCUGCACCGAUCUCUGCAAGAUGUGCUCCUGUGGGCACGAGUGAAGCGACACGUUCACAUUGAGGACGUGUCCAGUGCCUGGUCAUGUCUUCGAAGAAGGGCUGAUGCCGUGCCAGAGCGGACCCUGACCGUCGAGGACCCCAGCCAGAGCUUUUGCAGCGACACGGAGAUUGAGAUGAUGUUGCCAUACCCUUGCAGCCAAGCAGGAUGCAAAGAGUUCCACCCAAAUGAACAUGGCUUUUGCUCUCGCCAUCGACAUUCGCGCUUCUUCUGGAAAGUGAGGCCUACACUGCGCCUGGCUUGGCAAGCAGGAGAGCUGGCACUGCUCUUUUCCAUACAAGCUCUAUUUGAAGCAAGGAGCAGAUUUGUGCUGGUCUUCUUCGGAUUGUCUUUGUACCCAGUGCUGUGUAUGAUGAUGGCAGAUUCAAUGGGUCUCUCUUUUGGGCUGACCUUUUCAACCACGCUGCUGGUGGUUUUGGCCAGCAUGGCCUACACUUCCGGGCGCUUUGAUUCCAUGCGAGGCGCUAUGCAGAGGUUGUGCUUGGCGAUGGAAGCGAGUUAUUUCCAGGUCUUGCAUACGACGGGAUUGUCCCAACUCUUCGAGGAGGUGGGAGUGCUGGAGACCUUGCGACAGGACGUACAGGAUCUGAAGAGCAAUUUCAUGGAGGCCCGGCGAUGUCGAGGUCUCUUUCAGAAAGUGAUCUGCGAUCCUUUGUCGGUGGAGGGUGUGGUGAAGGCCAAGUUGAAACUGCCCACGGAAAUUGGAACUUUCCCAGGUGCAGAGUGCUCGGUGGACCUUCUCUACUGUGAGGUUAUUUGCCAAAACAUGAGCAGUCUUCGACGCUCUUGGUGUAUCUUAAAGGACCUCGUGGCCUCCAACAACCUGGGCCAGGUUGACCGGAACGGGGACGAAGUCGACGUGGACCUCGACGUGGACCUCGACGACCUCGGCGUGUCGACGACCGCGACGUGUCCCUUGAAGAUCAUGGCGGUUCGUGACGACUUCGUGGCCUUCAGAGGCCGACCGUGUGGCCGCGUGGUGGUGUCCAUCGAUGGCUACCUGGCCACGGUGAUGUUCUUGGAAGCAAAACUCAGUAGGCUUGAUGCGGAACUGGGAGAUGUUUGCCAUUUGGCAGAGAAGGUCGGCUUACUGGAUGAUGUGAAGCCACAAAACUGGGGGGCCGUGAAAGUCCGAGUGGCUGAGACCAGUCGGUUUCGUCGAAGCAUGUUGCUCUGCGUGCGUUGGUUGGCAGCAACCUGUGCAGGGUUUUUUUGCCAAGGACAUUUCCGCUUGGCCAUGAAUGCGCAACAGAGCAGCGAGCUGUCUUUACCGAAAGAGAUCUUGGCAGUUUUGUUCAGUUUGCCAUUCUUGGUGCUUUUGCUGGCCUUUAUGCGUGAUAUCUUCUUCCCGCAGCAAGAACAUGAUCUUUGCUCUACCAUGGUGGUCUAUGAGAAGUAUCUAGGCGCCCAAGGCCGAUACUACAUUUCCAAGGUUGCCAUUGUACAGAUCGGCAGUGUAUGCUUGCAAGCGUUGGGGAGGUUAAGAGUCUUUGGUGCCAUGGUCAUUCUAAGACGCACGAGCGACUAUGGAGGAUAUUUGGCCAUCCAUGAAGUUGACGGUCCAGAGGUGGUCUACUAUUGGGACUAUUGGGCAUUCAUUGGAUUGUUGCUCGUGAACCUCACAUACCCGAAUGUCCUCUUCUUCUUUCCACACAAGCAAUGGGCUCGGCUUGGUGCAUCGUUCAUGGAUCUUUUCCUCGAUAUUAGCUACUUGUGCACUUUCAAUCUGGUCUUCUUUUGGAGCGGACCUGCUUUUGCAUUUCCGACCUAUGUUUUCGGUUACAUGGCCAACUACAUGAGCAUUGCCCGCAUGUUUGCUGUGUGUCGGUCAUUGGACCGGGUGAAAGCACCUAGCAGAACAGAGAUGGUGAAAGCAAAAGCUCGACGCAGGUGGACGAAACGACUUUUCCCCUGGUAUUCGAUCUCGGUCUUCUGCCUGCUGCUGGCCUUCGUUUGGAGCCUUGAGGUGUAUCCGAUGUGGAGACCCAGCAGCGGGCCCGACCAAUGCCUGCCCUGUAGGUGCACAAGGACAGAAGCUGGACUUCAUUUGGACACUUGGAUUGCACGCUUCAUGGGUGUUUUGCAGUUUCUUUUUAAAUACGUUUUUAUUAGGCAAGAAUGCGAGGUGCAGCGUCCUGUCGGACAAUGAGUGCCCUAAGGAAGGACAAAC